AAAUGCAAUCUAAUAGUUAGAUUUAAUCAUAAAUUCAAACAAAAAUGAAAAAUCAUUAAUUUUGACCCAAAAAAAAAAACAUAUAUGUGACUGAGAUUGCAAAAGUUGGAACUGAAAUUGCGAAACUUUUUUUUUUAACUGAAUAUAUAACUUAAGUAUACCAUAUGAUAUGAUGAAGUUUAUAGUCUACCCUAAAAAAUAUCAUAUAAUCAUUAUCAAAACGACUAAAAAGGGGUUUGAUUUUUUAGACGAAAUGAUCAUAACAAGUGAAAUUAUUAAAGAUAAGCCAGCCUAAACUCCAACAGAAGUGCUUGCACAUUCCAGUAGGCCCCGCCUGUUUCUUGUUAAUGGUAAACACUAAACACAGCCUUCUUCACAUAAUCAUUCUCCUUGUUCAUACUCAGUUCACUCCACGUUAUUAUUCCCCUAUAAAGUAAAAAUCAUCAGUUUCUUUUCGCUUUUUCCACUAAACUAAAACUUGUUUAACUUUAGAGAAAGGGGAAGAAUUUCUUUUUGUUUCUAGGGUUUAAAAGAUUCAAUCUUUUUCAUAUUUUCAUUCACAAUGCAACCACUUUUUCAUGGGUUUUUUGUGAUUUGAUCUUCUGUUAAACCCUGUUUUCCACCUCGUUUGAAGAUAUAGAUUACAGAAUAGAACCCGAAUGGGGUUUAAUCGUUUCUUGUUCGUCUCGAUUCUUCUUCUUCUUCACAGUUUCAUGGAGUUCACCAAAUCCCAGAUGCCAGGUUUUAUAAGUCUAGAUUGCGGUGGCGACAAGAACCACACAGACAACCUCGGACUGGAGUGGAUUCCCGACGAUGAAAUCAAAUACGGAACAACGACUAAAAUCUCCAUCGAAAACGAAAACAGACGACAAUAUCAAACACUCCGAUAUUUUCCGGCGGAUAACCGGAAAUACUGCUACUCACUUAACGUGAAAACCAGGACUCGAUACCUCAUAAGAGCUACUUUUUUAUAUGGUAAUUUCGAUAACAACAACGUAUACCCUAAAUUCGACAUCUCACUGGGCCCCACUCACUGGUCAACAAUUGUCAUCUCAGACGCUAACACCAUAGAAUCUCAAGAACUCAUCUUUUUAGCUUCUGAUCCUACAAUCAGUAUCUGUUUAUCCAAUUCCAAAACAGGCCUUCCUUUCAUCUCAACACUCGAGCUUCGACAAUUCAAUGGCUCUAUUUACCUUACGCCAUUCGAGAACCAAUUUUUUCUAAGUGUUUCUGCUAGAAUCAAUUUCGGGGCAGAAAAUGAAGAUCCGGUAAGGUACCCGGAUGACCCGUUUGAUAGAAUUUGGCAAUCGGAUUUGGUUAAAAAAGCAAAUUACCUUGUCGACGUGGCUUCCGGGACCCAAAAAAUUUCCACAAAAUUACCAAUUGAUGUCGGAAAAGACGAAUUACCCCCUCAGAAGGUCAUGCAGACAGCUGUUGUGGGCCGAAACGGGUCAUUAACUUACCGAUUGAAUUUGGACGGGUUCCCGGGUUUUGGUUGGGCUUACACUUAUUUUGCUGAAAUUGAAGAUUUAAAUCAGAAUAAAACCCGUAAAUUCCGGCUAAUUCUUCCCGGAGCUCCGGAUAUCAGUAAAGCCAUUGUCAACAUUCAAGAAAACGCUCAGGGGAAAUACCGUUUAUAUGAACCCGGAUUUGAUAACAUUUCACUUCCUUUUGUUUUAUCCUUUAGAUUCGGGAAGACAUCUGAUUCUACUGAAGGCCCUCUUCUUAAUGCGAUUGAAAUCAGUAGAUAUCUCGAAAUAGCUGAUGCUUCUUUUGAUGUGGGUGUGGUUGCGAGUAUAGUUUCUGUUUACAAGUCGUUAGAGUGGGCCCAAGAAGGUGGCGAUCCGUGCUUACCGGUUCCAUGGUCAUGGUUGGAGUGUGAUUCCGAUCCUCAACCCAAGGUUAUAUCAAUAAAAUUGUCUAAUAAGAACAUGACUGGAAGCAUCCCUUUGGAUUUGACCAAGUUGACCGGCUUAGAAGAAUUGUGGCUUGAUGGGAAUGCGUUGACUGGUCAAAUCCCUGAUUUUACAGGAUGCCCGAAUUUAAAAAUCAUACAUCUUGAAAACAAUCGGUUGACUGGUCAUCUACCUUCCUCUUUAGCAAACUUACCUAAUUUAAGUAAAUUGUAUGUGCAGAAUAACUUAUUAUCUGGAUCUGUGCCACCUGGCCUUCUGAACAAGAACAUAGUAUUAAACUACACUGGAAACAAAAAUCUUCAUAAACAAAGUAGUGAAGGAAGAAACAUUAUAUACAUUAUCUUUGGAUUACUAGUUGGGGCUGCUGUUUUAAUUUUAGGGUUCAUAAUCUCAUGCAUGCUUAUUCGCAAAGGGAAGAAAGAUCACAAGCAAGAGCCUAAACACAUCAUGCAUGUUUCUUCUAUGAACACAACAACAACAACAACUUCAGAAGGUGCCCGAUGUUUUACACUAUCUGAAAUUAGAAUUGCAACAAAGGAUUUUGAGAAGAAACUUGGAUCUGGUGGAUUUGGAACUGUGUAUUAUGGUAAGUUGAAUGAUGGAAAGGAAAUUGCAGUCAAGCUUCUUGGAAAUAACAACAUUCAUCAAGGAAAGAAGGAAUUUGCAAAUGAGGUGAGUCUUCUGUCAAGAAUACAUCAUAGAAACUUGGUAAAAUUCUAUGGGUUUUGCCAAGAAGAAGGGAUGGAUAUUCUUGUUUAUGAGUUCAUGCAUAAUGGAACUCUCAAAGAACAUCUUUAUGGACCUUUAGCAAAAGAACAAAGAAUCAAUUGGAUCAAGCGCCUCGAGAUUGCUCAAGAAUCUGCCAAAGGAAUCGAGUACCUUCAUACUGGUUGUGUCCCUUCCAUUAUCCAUAGAGACUUGAAAACAAGCAACAUUCUUCUUGAUCACAACAUGAAAGCCAAAGUUUCAGAUUUUGGUCUCUCGAAACUUGCAGUUGAUGGAACUUCACAUGUAUCAAGCAUAGUUCGAGGCACUCUUGGGUAUCUUGAUCCUGAAUAUUACAUCUCGAACCAUUUGACAGAAAAAAGCGAUAUCUAUAGUUUUGGAGUCAUUCUUCUUGAGUUGGUUUCUGGUAAAGAAGCCAUUUCUAACGAAAGCUUUGGUAUAAAUUGCCGCAACAUUGUGCAGUGGGCGAAGUUUCAUAUAGAGAACGGGGACAUUCAAGGGAUAAUUGAUCCGUGUUUAGGAGACGACUAUGAUAUUCAAUCGAUGUGGAAGAUAGCAGAGAAAGCGUUGAUGUGUGUCCAACCUCACGCAAACACGAGACCUUCAAUGUCUGAAGUUAUUAAGGAGAUUCAAGAUGCGAUUGCGAUAGAGAAGGGUGGAGAGGGAGGUAGUUCUGAUGAAAUUUCACGGACAUCUUUUCAUUCUUCGUUGAAUAUGGGAUUACUUGAUCAUGGUGGCGAUCCUUACUUGUCGUUUCAUGAGUCUGUUGCACUCCCUUCUGCCCGAUAGGUAGAUCUAGUUGUGAAUAGGUUAGUUGAAAUUUGAAAAGGUAAUUCGAUUUUGGGUUUUAGGGUAACGUUGAGGUUUCACCUUCACUGUUGAGGGGGGUUUUUGUUUGUACAUGAUGUAUGCUUCAAUUGGUCAUGAAUUGGUGGUAUUGAUUCAAAAGGAUCAAAUGGAGAUCGGCAUUCUUCAAUUGGCCAUGAACAGUGAAACAUUUCAUGGCAUCCACUCAACCUGGGCUCCACCAUGCCAGGCCAUUUUGAUACCAUUGCAAUGGAGCUGUGUUAGGGACCGUUUAGCAAGACAUCCAUAAAUCCUUCGUUUUUUUAAUCACAAAGCAUCCAUAAAAGGUAAAAUAAGGUAUCAAAAUAAGGAUAAAAUCCUUUGUUUUCUUUAAUCACAAAGCAUCCAUAAAAGCAACAAUAAAUCAACAAAUUAGCAAGGUAGUCGGAAGAAGCAAAUCUUUUAAUCAUAUUAACUCGACAAAAUUACAUAAAUGGUCCUUGUGGUUGUAGAGGAUAGACCAAUUGUAAUCUUUAUGAGGAAUUGUUUGCACAUGGUCCUUAUGAUUUCAAAAUGUUGCAAAACCGGUUAUUUUGACUAAUAGUGUUAAAUCCUUUGUGAAAUAGCAUAUUUAUCCUUCCUAUCAUAGGGACCGUUUAUGUAAUUUGUUCAAGGCAUAGAGAUCAUUUAUGUAAUUUUGUCUAUUAUUUAUUAUUUUAAGGGUAAAUUACACCGUACCUCGUGUAUACC